AGUAAUAUACUUUUCGGCAUCUUGGUCACUCGGUACCGGUCGUCUGUCUAACUCCAUCGUCGUCUAUUCACUCGUUUUUUUGUGUGUUGUUCAAACUUAUAAGUCGUUCUCUUCUUUCUCUCCAUCUUCGGAUUAUCAGCACGCUCGAUACGCAGGAUCGUAUCUUCACAGCAGCAACACCUCCAAUCUCCCUUUCUUUGAUACCCCCAAACCAAUUCGAAUCGACUCUAUCAUCUUUUUCAAAAUGAAGUACAUCACCUCCGCCCUCGCCUUCGCUACCGCUGUCGCAGCCCACGGCUACGUCAACAACGCUACCAUUGGCGGCAAAGAAUACAUCUUCUACCAACCCUACCAAGACCCUUACAUGACGGACGUGAAGCGCAUCUCGCGACCCAUCCAAGGCAACGGCCCCGUCGAGGACGUAGCCAUCUCCGAUAUCCAAUGCGGUGGCUACGCAGCCGGCGGUAUCAACGGCUCCAAGCCCGCUGCUCUUCAUGCCGAAGCCGCCGCGGGUUCAGACGUCGAGCUCUACUGGACGCUUUGGCCUGAGAGCCACAUGGGCCCUACCAUCACAUACAUGGCCAAGUGCCCCGAUGCUGGAUGCAACAACUGGAUGCCUGAGUCAGCUGCAGUCUGGUUCAAAGUCCAAGAAGACGGCCGCCAAGGCACAUCCGACGUCUGGGGCUCCGACGCGCUCCAAGUCCCCGGCGGCUCCGUCACAUACACGAUCCCCAAGUGCAUCGCACCAGGCUACUACCUCGUGCGCCAUGAAAUCGUUGCGUUGCACGCUGCAUACCAGUACCCUGGUGCGCAAUUCUACCCUGGGUGCCAUCAGCUCAAGGUUACUGGGGGUGGAUCAACGAAGCCAAGUGGGCUUGUUGGUUUCCCUGGUGCGUACAAGGGGAGCGAUGCGGGUAUUACAUAUGAUGCGUACAAGGCGGCUACUUACACUAUUCCUGGUCCUAAGAAGUUUACUUGUUAGAUGGGAGUGGGUGAAGGUGAUUAGGGGCCCUGAGAUACGGGCGCUCUGGGAUGAAGAACCCUGAGAUGGGUUACAAAACGCUUCUUUGUAUAUAUUCGCAGUCGUAUAUAGCUGUCAUUAUGAAUGAAUCUCUGCAUCACACUAAGUAAUACUUGUAUCUGUUUGUAGUGCUUCGUGUCGUGCCGCGUAGUUGGUUCUAUGUUGCAACAUUGUUU